AAAAAACAAGAAUGAUAGAAGCCCAAGCUUCAUGAGGUGUGGGCCAUGAUAACAUUGUGGACAUUAUUAAUUGGGUCGAGGACGGUCCAUUCAACAACCCUCCCUCCCUCUAAAAUACAUAGUAAUAUCGCCUCUUGCCCUUGAUUCCGUCUAAAAUCAAAAGGAGAAUCAAUGGCUGCUUCUACUGCUACGAGGGUCCAAAGAGAAAUAUCGCAUUUUAACCAAGAAAAAAUACUUGGCAUGACGUUAAUGGUGGACGAAAAGAACAUUCGCCACCUCAUCGCAACCAUCCCCGGCCCCGUUUGCACUCCUUACGAAGGCGGAAUCUUCGGUGUUGACAUUCUUCUUCCAGAAGCGUAUCCCUUUGUACCUCCUAACAUGAGGUUUACUACAAAAGUUUGGCAUCCAAACAUCAGUAGUCAGACGGGGGCUAUUUGUCUUGAUAUUCUAAAGAACGACUGGAGUCCAGCUCUAAACCUGAAAACUGCUCUGAUCUCCCUACAAGCUCUGUUGUCAACCCCAGAACCCAACGAUCCCCAAGAUGCUGUCGUUGCCAAGCAGGUCUUAUAUUUUACCUUCUCACCUAGGCUUUUGUUUUUGACCUCCUUUUCAACUGACGGUACUUACUUUCCCCCUCUGCAGUAUCUUAGCGAUCAUGCUACAUUCGUUACUACAGCUCGGCGUUGGACAGAGGACUAUGCAAAGGCUUCAUCCACUCGGUUCAAUGCGAAGGUGCAAAAGCUUGUUGAAAUGGGUUUUCCAGAAGCGUUGGUAAAGAAGACAUUGGACGCUGUAGGCGGUGAUGAAAACAUGGCGCUAGAAAGGCUGUGUUCAAAUUAGAAUCGUGCUAGAAAGGCUGUCCAAAUUAGAACCACCUGCCUAUUAUGGAGUAUAUGUGCUUUUUUGUAUAGCCGGUUCUCUGAUUUCAUAUAUAAUAAAUUCUGGUAGCUUGCCAUUUGAUUGAAGUUAAUGAAAGGUGAAUUGAAACUCUAGUUUGAAACUGACUUGAUCUUUCAAAUCUUGUGAAUUUGGAAAUGUUAUUGCAUA